AUGAGCAUGAGCAACCAGACCUCAGGCAGUGAUUUUGUCCUCCUGGAUGUGUUCCACAGCACCCCAGUGCCCUGGGUCCUCUUCACACUCACCCUGCUUGAUUUCCUGGUGGCCCUGUUGGGCAACAUGAUAAUAAUCAUCCUCAUCUGUACCGACUCUCUUCUCCACACCCCCAUGUACUUUCUGCUCAGCCAGCUGUCCAUCAUGGAUCUCCUCUAUAUCUCCACGUUUGUCCCUACAAUGGCCCUGAUCUUUCUGUCUGGGGACCACCACAUCUCCUUCGUUGGGUGUAGCUUCCAGAUGUUCCUCUUCUAUCUCCUUGCUGGCUCAGAGUUCCUGCUGCUGGCGGUCAUGACUUAUGACCGCUACGUGGCCAUCUGCCACCCUCUAUGCUACCCCAUCCUCAUGCGCCCCAAGGUCUGUGUGCUCCUAAUACUUGUGGCCUGGUUGGGUGCUCUGAUCAAUUCCUUGUUCUGUGUGGUCUAUACUCUGACACUCCCUUACUGUGCCUCCAGGGAAAUCCAUCAUUUCUUCUGUGAGAUCCCAGCGCUUCUGAAAGUGGCCUGUGCUGACACUUCCCUAUAUGAAAAGAUUGUUUUUGUGUGUGCUGUGAUUUUUUUAACUCCCGUCUCAGCUAUUCUGUGCUCCUAUGGAAGGAUACUCGUCACUGUUCUGGGCAUGGGAUCAGGCCAGGCUCUCAUGAAAACCUUGGCUACUUUCUCCUCUCACAUGAUUGUGGUGUUGCUCUUCUAUGGGUCUGCUAUCUUCACAUACCUUAUGCCAAAGUCCUACCACUCCCCCGAGCAGGAAGAAGUGGCCUCUGUGAUCUACACCAUCAUUUCACCCAUGCUCAACCCCCUCAUCUACAGCCUGCGGAACAAGGACGUCACUAGAGUGUUUAGGAAAGUUUUCAGAGUGUGA